AACUCCUAAACUUUUUUUGGACCAAAGGUUUAACAACUCCUAAACUUAACAAACCAAAAAAUUAUAACGAAAAAGGAAAUAUCUAGCAAGGUUUAAUGGAUUCCGAGAAAUUUGGAGAAGAUGAUCGGAGCAUCCGUUUGCAGAUAUUGGAGCUUCAAAAAUUAGAGGAAGCUCGAGCUUCAAGCGACACCGUAUUGGAGUUCAGAAACAGCGUUGAGAAAAGAGACAGCGGCGAGACCGCAGACGCAGCGUCUGUCUCCUCCGCGAUCGCGUUCCACAGAUCAUCAUCAUCCCCAGCGCCCGAGCAAAAGCUCACACUUUUGGCUCUCCGCCUUGCAAUCCUCGAGAAAAUCGCUACUUGCCUCGGAACACUAGGUUUCAUCUGGGCGACAGUGGUUCUCCUCGGCGGAUUCGCGAUCACCCUCGAAAAAUCCGACUUCUGGUUCAUCACCAUCAUCCUCCUCAUCGAAGGCACUCGAAUCUUCAGCAGAAGCCACGAGCUCGAGUGGCAGCACCAGGCCACGUGGACGGUUGCAGGCGUCGGAAUCAGCAGCUUCCGCGCGCUCCAAUCAAGCUCGAUUUCACUUCUCAGAAACCUAAAACGAAUCAGCCGAUUGAGAGAGAGGGAUUGCGUCGUCGGACGACAAGAGACCUUCGAUGAUCUUCGAACCACUCGGACAUGGAAGAAGAGCUCAGAGGCUCACCUUCUUCCGUACGCGAGAUGGCUCUACAUCUCCAGCUACGUGAGCCGGCUUCUCUACUGGCUCCAGCUCCUCUCAGCAACCGCCUGUGUGGCUCUGUCUUCUUACAAGCUCGUCAGGCACGACUACGGAGAUGUUCAGGACGGAGAGAUGGACGAAAGGAACAGACAGUCCGCUCUGAGCAUCUUCUACUCGCUCGCGCUUGCCGAGGCGUUGCUGUUUCUUGCGGAGAAAGCUUACUGGGAGUGGCAGGUCAAUGUUUGUAGCUUGCUUGAGAAUGUGACCAGAGAGUGUGGGUUUGGGGUUACUGGGAUGGUCUCCAUCAAGAGAUUCUUCUACGACGCUUACUCAAAGUCUGUCAAUGGAAGUAUCUUUGACGGUGUGAAGAUGGAUAUGGUGAGCUUUGCCAUGGACCUUUUGGCCUCUAGCUCCUCCGAUGAACAGCUUAUCGGAGCAAGGAUUCUCAGGCAGUUUGCGGUAAAUGAACGGUACGCUGAUGAUACACUUGAGAAGAUCGGAAUCAACUUACCCGUCAUUGAAAGGUUGGUGGAGAUGUUGAACUGGAAAGAUGUGCAAGAAGAGGAAAUUAGGAGAUCCUCUGCUGAGAUACUUUCCAAACUCGCUGGCAAAAAACAGAACUCUCUCAGAGUUGCUGGAAUCUCUGGUGCGAUGGAAUCAAUUUCGUCGCUGUUGCAGAGCACAAGAUCUUUAGGUGAAGCUCCCGACGAGAUUGGAGAGAAGAAAACAUUCCACGACCAUCAUCUUCAGUACGAUUUCUGGAGGUUCAACAAUUUGGGCCUCUUGAUUCUAAAGAAGUUAUCCAGAGAUCAUGACAACUGUGGGAAAAUCGGUAACACGAGAGGGCUUCUCCCCAAAAUCAUUGAUUUCACGCACACAGACGCAACACUCUUGAAGGACGAGGACGCAGAUAUGGUUCUGUCACGAGUCUUGACAGUGAAACGGUCCCUGCAGCUAGUGAAAAUGUUGGUAAGCAUGAGCGGGAGCACUGGGAAAUGUCUCAGGAGAGAGAUCUCGGAGAUCGUUUUCACAGUCAGCAACUUGAGAGAUGUUCUGCGUCACGGAGCGAGAUACCCGAAAUUGCAGAAGCUCGGGAUCGAGAUACUUAGCUUCCUCGCGCUUGAGGAAGAUGCGCGGGAAAGAAUUGGCGUGACUGGAGGUGUCUUGAAAGAGCUGUUCAACAUUUUCUUGAGAAGCAAAACGCAUGAGGAUGGGAAUGAGAGUCGGGUCAGAAUCGCUGCAGGGGAAGCUAUAGCGAUGCUUGCUCUGGAGAGCAGAAGCAACUGCGUACACAUUCUAAACCUGGGAGUGUUGGGAAGACUCGUGGAUGCACUUGAAGCUCCUUUGGUCCGUGUCAAUGCAGCGAGAGUGUUGAGAAACUUGUGCGUAUACUCUGGACGUGAAUGCUUUCUUGACCUGAGAUUCAUUAAAGCAGCUGCUCCUACGGCGUUGAAGUCGAUAACAUCAGGAGACAAUAAGUUACAGGAAGUGAUGCUAGGGUUAGCUACACAAUUGUUCAGAUUCAUGAGUUCAGAAGAAGCAGACGUUGCUCUGAUGGAGUCAGGGAUCAAGAAGCAUGAACUAGCGAACUCGUUGGUUUCGAUUCUGAAAAAACAUGACAAGCCAGCGAUCAGAGUUCCGAGAAUCAGGAGGUUUGUGAUCGAGCUGGCGAUAUGGAUGAUGGAAGAUGAUGUGGAGAACGUUGUGAUGUUCAGAGAUUUGGGUAUGGAGGGAGAGCUCGAGAAGGUUCUGGAAACUACGGCUGAGCUCGAGAACUUCGAUGUUUUCUCGGGCACGGUUGGUGUGAGCCGCAAUAGCAGAACGGUUCAUUUGUUAGCUGAGUUGGCUUUGGAAAUGUUUGACACUUGACAAACUCAGAGCUCUCUCUGCAUUUAAAAGCUUUAACUAUUAUAUACUCCUUGUUUAGUAAAGAAAAAGAAAGGUGAUAAUUAUGAAACACAUUAUGUUUGUUUAAUUUAUUGUUAAUUUUGACAACACUAAAAUAGUUGCUCACAGUUCAAAUUGUGUCUGAUUAUUUUCCUAAAAAAGUUCGGUAAAUAACUUGUCGAUUCUGU